AAACAAUGUCUAGGCAACCCUGAAACUUUUAAUUCGCAUGUUUCUAAUUUAUUGCUUUAACUUUUCAUUUUCCGAAAAUGAACAUUUCGAAAGCUAAAAAAGAGAUGCUAUCCAUGUCCGAGCAGCUGUGCAAGGAUGCGGACCACUGGCAAUUGAGCAUCAAGAAUGGCCAGGAGACCAUGAAGCUUAUCAAGACUAUAUACAGCCGGCUCUUCGCCACCGAGGAACUCCUGAACAACGCGGACUCAAGGAAGGGUCUCCAGGCCACUGAGAAGCGGAUCAAUAAUUUGUAUGUACGCCUCCAGCGUCCUCUGGCCACGAUGACCAAGAUUUUAGAAUCGCUGACCGAGGUUAGGGACAACACUGCCCGGAUGUUGAACCGACUGACCCUCUGGAUGGACGACGAAAUAGUGUCGGAGCACAGGAUCCAACCCAAUCUAAAGAGUUCCGAACUCUUGACGGUGCUGCAGUUCCUAAGGCAACGUUACGAUGCAGAGUGGGAGGUCAAGGAGAUGGUUGUCAAUGACUUGGAGCACAUAAACAGCUCCUACGAGCUGGAGUUUUUGGUGGAUGGUUGGGACAUUUGCAGGCAUGCGGGAGGUCCGGAGUUCGCCAAGACGGUGCGCAAUCAUUACAGGAUCGUUGGGCGCUCGUAACCUUCACUUACCAACAAAUUCCAUUCCAAAGGCACUGAAAACGAAGUAUCCCAUCGCCAAUAGACCAAUAAGAAAGGCACGUUGAGUUUUGAAUUUGAUGUUAGUUUUAUUUGAAAAAUGGUUUUUUAGUUUGUAUUUGUUAUCGCCUGCUUGCCAAACAAAUCAAUAAUCUGUAAAGA